AUGGAGCUGACGCUGCUCAAGGCGCUCCAAUGGCGCCUCGCCUGCGUCACGCCCUACUCCUUCCUCCACCUCCUCCUUCCCCUUCUUAUGAUUACUCCCCCUCCUCCUCUUCACACUACUACCGCAGCUGCUGCAGCAGCUUGGACUACUACUCGAUGCACUCGUCUCCUCAUCCGCUCCCUCGCAGAGCCGUCGUUCAUCCAGUUUGAUUCCUCUGUUAUCGCCUCCUCUGCUCUUGGGUGUGUACUGGCGCUGGAGGAUCAUCAGACUUAUGGCUAUAAUAUCAGGCGCCUUAUUCGUCCAGACUGCCCUGCAACUGCAAUGGACGAAGCAGACGACGGCGAUGAGUGUUUCAGGAUGAUGGAAACACUCUACGCAAGCUGCUGCUCGGAAUCGGAUUGGAAUUGGGAUUGGAACACACACCAUCAGCAGCAGCAGCCCCUGUACAGUAGUGAUGAGCGGCGGCUGUGGAGCCCGGUGUCAGUGAUUCGUCGUCCCUUGGAACUGGAAACAGCAGGCGGUGGUGGCAUCAGACUAAUCAACAACAGCAGGUCAGCUGUUAGCCGCCGCCGUUGCUUGUUUGGUUCAUCAGCACCAGCACCUCGAGGCCUGCAAGACGACGAUGAUAGUACACACUGCACGUACGAGAUGAAGAUAUCUCACACACAUAACUAA